UCAACAGAAAAAAUUCCUUAUAGUUUUGAUCUGGGAAUUAAUACCGUUAAUAAUAAUUCAUACAAGUCAACAGAAAAAAUUCCUCAUAGUUUUGAUCUGGUGGGAGUUGGUAACAAUUCAACAAUAACAAUGCCAAAUCUAAAAGAAAUAUCCAGUUCUUUAGGAGGCCCUAUUCACAAUUUAAUUACUGCAAUUACUAUUUUUAAAAACAACCCUCAGAUGAAUGUUGCUGAAUUAGCUCGUAAAUGUAAUACAUUAACUGUAUCCAAAUUAAUGAAUGAAACAAAUUCAAACAAUUAUAAAGAGGAGAUCACUAAAAGAUUUCUUGAGGAUGGUUAUGACGAUAUAGAGGAAUCUUUGAAACCUUGGAUUCUUGACUUGUAA